AUGGCCAAUUGGCGAGAGGACUACUAUGCCGCCUUAGCGGCGCGCGACGACCGAGAGCAAGCAAACAGCAGCCUGUACGAUGCUUACACUCGACUCGCCGAUCGAACAGCAACUACCUCAGCUAGCCCUACAGACAAAAACUCGUCUCCUAAAAGAGGAGUACCAGCCCCCGUUUUGCAACAGCAGCAGAAACAACAAGGCACGAAUGUGAUAUCGGGUGCUGGGGCUGCAUCGCAGAGUGUUCUUUUGUCAGAAUUAGCCGCUGCUCAGCGAUCCCGCUCCGAACUUCAAGAUCAACUGACUCGCACGACCUCGGAGUUGGAGAAGUUGAAAUCCAAGACCCAGCAGGAUGCUCGCCGGAUUGCUUCCUUGGAAGGAGAGCGCACUCAUCUAACGCUCCGUUUGCGAGAUCGAGAUGAAGAGUUGAGGGGAAAGGCAAAACUAUUGGAUAACGUUCAAGAUGAACUAGCCUCAUUAAACCUCCAGUUGAAUAUGGCGGAGGAUCGAUCCACAAAAUUACAGAGGGAUAACCAGGAAUUAAUCGACCGGUGGAUGGCUCGCAUGGGAAAGGAGGCAGAUGCAAUGAACGAGGCUUCGCGAUUCUAA